UUUUCUAUUUCAACAAUGAAUCAAUUGGUUGCUAUUAUUUUCUUUGCUCUUGUUGCUCUUUCUACAACAAUUAGUGCUACAAAUCACGGUGACGGAGGUCAAAGUAAAAUUUAUCGAAACCAAGAUGUGAGUGGAAAAUACAAUUUUGGUUAUGAUAUCAAUGAUCCUUGGGGAUCAUCCAACUACCGACAAGAAUCUGGUGAUGGUUGGGGUAAUGUCCACGGUUCAUAUGGACUUAAACUUGCCGAUGGUCGUCACCGAACUGUUAACUAUAUUGCCGAUAAAAGUGGAUUCCGAGUUAAAUUGGACUCAAACGAACCAUCUGUUGACUCAAUCGACUCUGCUGAUGCCAUUUACAAUGGUGCUGAUCCUUCUGGUCACAGUUACACUAAUAUUAUCUCAGGAAACAAGGGAAACCAUUACAAUCACCAUGAUGGUUACAAUCAUGAUGGUCGUCAUCAUGUUGGCUCAUGGAACAAUGGAAACCAAUACCCAAACCAAUACAACAAUUACAACCAACACCGAAACCAAUAUCAAAACCAAUACCAACAUGGUCCAUACCACGGACAGAAUCACGAUUCAUGGAAACAACAAAACAAACACGACAAUUGGGCCAAAAAUUAAGUUCCUUUCGUAAUAAUCUGUCUUCCCCUUCGAAACUCUAAUUAUUGUCAAUCUCCUUCUUCUAUCAGGAGCUUAAUGUACAUUUUAUUUAUUCCGAUUUCUAAACCUCUUCAGUGUCUUACACAAAAGCAUCAUUAACAUGAUCUCUGUAACUCAAUUGUCCAACAAUUCCAAUAAAAACACAUCCCAAGCACGAGCUUCAUUGA